AUGAGGGUUCUUGUGGUAGGAGCUGGAGCUUCAGGCCUGCCCGCCUUGAAAACGGCUUUGGAGUAUGGCUUCGAAGCCAAAUGUUUCGAACGCUCAGAUCAAAUUGGAGGGCUCUGGAGAUACAAAGAAAACCCACUAAACGGUAAGAAUACAGUACUCCGAUUCAAUAUUACCGUUCAGAUGAGGGAACUGUGAUGAAAAGUACCGUCAUCAACACUUCCAAGGAGAUGACAGCUUAUAGCGACUUUCCUCCGCUCAACGAUGCUCCAAAUUAUAUGCACAACUCCGAGAUGUACAAGUAUCUACUCAGAUAUGCUGACCACUUCAAUCUCAGACCCAAAAUUUAUUUCAAAUAUCAAGUAUUAAAUAUCCAACGAUCGAAGGGAUUCUCGGAGAACGGACAAUGGAAAGUCAAAUACGAGAUCAUGGAGUAAGUUGGAGUACUGUAGCCAAAACAGCAGCCAUUCCAGGACAGGUGAGAUCCUUGAAGAAACCUUUGAUGGAGUUAUGAUUUGCACUGGCCAUCAUUCCAUCCCCUAUUUCCCUCCUCCUUUUCCUGGUCAAGAGAACUUCAGAGGGGAAAUUAUACACAGUAAAAGUUACAGAACUUGUAAAAGAUUUGAGGACAAAGUAGUUGUAAUUGUUGGGAUAGGAAAUUCGGGAGGAGACAUUGCUGUCGAGUUGAGUAAAGUGGCCAAGAAAGUAGGUUUUGAUUGCAAUUACAGUAAUCUUUAGGUCUACUUGUCUACUCGUAGUGGAUCAUGGAUUAUGAACAGGGUAUGGGAUUACGGAGAGCCCUCAGAUCUCGCUCUUCUUAACAGAUUCACCUUCUGGGUCAAAGGAUUAUCUCCAUUGUGGCUUCAGAAUCUGUAAGUUGUUGUCCCUUUAUAAGGCUGCUCUAGUGUAAUGGAAAAUAAGAUUAAUCGACGGUUUGAUCAUGGUCGAUUCGGAGUGAAGCCAAGUCAUCGAUUUUUGGAAGCACAUGUCACGGUAAACGAUGAGUUGCCCAACCGAUUAAUCAGUGGGACUGUUGUUGUAGGUGAUUCCAAUCGUAUUUAUUUCAUUUAGAUCAAACCAAACAUUUCCAAAUUCACAGAACGUGGAAUUAUUUUUGAUGAUGACACGGUAAUCGAAGAGGUGGAUAUUGUGGUUUUUGCCACCGGCUAUUCGUUUAACACUGAUUUGGUAGAAGGUGGGAGUCUUAUCAAAGUGGAGAACAACCGCGUCCUCCUCUACAAGUUCAUGUUUCCCCCUCAACUCGCUCCAAAGAAUUCUUUGGCCAUUAUUGGACUAAUUCAGCCCACUGGCAGCAUUAUGCCGAUCUCUGAGAUGCAAUGCCGAGUGUUCUGUGCUCAGUUAGCUGGGGAUGUGACCCUUCCAUCACAAUUUAAAAUGACUCAGGAUGCCUUAAAAACAAAUGUCGACAACAGCAGAAGAUUCAUUGACAGACGACGGCACACUCUUCAAGUGUUUUACGUGAAUUAUAUGGACAGUUUGGCCAACUUGAUUAAAGUAAAGCCAAAGAUCUUUAGGACAGUGCUGACUGAUCCUGCGCUGGCCAAACAUCUCAUCUUCCAUGGUCUAGUCCCUUAUCAAUACAGACUCCAUGGAAAGUAUUCGUGGUCGGAAGCAAGAAAGAAUAUAAUCGAAUUCGAUAAACGAGUUUUUGAAUGCACGCGGACCAGGAUAACUAAGGAAACCGCCCAGGCCAAACCCAAGGGCCGAUGGGAUCUCUUCAGAUUGGUCUUCUGA